AUGUCCUCUUGCAACAACUCCAUUCCUCCACCCUUGAUAUUCAUUCUGGCUGGAAUUCCUGGCAUGGAGUCUUCGUAUGGCUGGUUCUCUUUGCCUUUUUUCUUGAUAUUUGUUAUUACAGUCAUAGGCAAUGUCACCAUUUUAAUUAUCAUUCAGUUGGAAAAGAGUCUUCACGAGCCCAUGUUUCUCCUCCUGGCCAUGCUGUCAGUUGUUGACCUGUGCCUGGUCAGUGUCACAGUUCCUCGCAUGCUGGGAAUCUUCUGGAUGAAUGCCAAAGAAAUCAGUUUUGAUGCCUGCCUCACACAGAUGUUUUUCAUCCCUUCCUUUUAUGUCAUGGAGUCUGGGAUCCUGCUGUCCAUGGCUUUGGACAGAUUUGUGGCUAUCUGGUACCCUCUGAGGUACACAACCAUCCUUAAUAACAGCAUGCUUGUGAGAAUGGCACUAGCUAUCCUGGCAAGGGCAGUGGCAGUGCUGACCCCAGCACCAAUUCUGGCAAAAAGACUGGAAAGCUUCCAAACCCAUAUCAUUUCAUAUUCCUACUGUGCUUACAUGGCUGUGUUGAUGAUAGCCUGUGGAGACAUCUCUGGCCACAUUGUCUAUGGGCUCAUGGUUAUUGUGGCAUCUGUGGGAUUCGAUUUAUUUUUCAUUAUUCUGUCAUAUGGAUUUAUCCUUCAAGCUGUCUUUCACAUACCAUCUUGGGAAGCUCGUGGCAAGGCUCUCAGCACAUGUGGCUCUCAUCUUUGUGUCAUUUGUCUGUUUUAUUCUCCUGUUGUCUUUUCUGUCCUGGCUCAAAUUUUAGGCUACCAAAUUGCUCCCCAUCUACAGAUCAUCAUUGACAAUCUGUACUUUCUGGUACCUCCCAUGGUCAAUCCCUUGAUUUAUGGGGCAAGGACCAAACAAAUACGUGAGUGGGUUUUGCGAAUUUUCCACUGUCAAAAAGACUGA